AUGGAGGUGUCGAAAUGGAUCAGGGUUCUUUCUUCACCCGACUCUGUGUCCGAAAGGCGACUUGAUCCACUCCGAGUAGGGGAUGACAAGAUGCAAGAUACGACAAAUGGUUCGUCGUACCCGACUUUUGGGAAUGGAUUGUACAGACAAAAAUUAAGGAAUGACCCAGACACCGAGAAAGCGAACGACAACAACGUAGUCGACGACCAUGAUCAGCGCCUCCUCGCUCUCCGCCAACUUCCUCUCCUCUCUUCUUCCUCCCAAGUCAACCCCACCACCUCCUCCUCCUCCCUCUUCGAGCGCAGUGACAUGGCUCCACCUCCGCCCCAGCCCGCCGACGCCCACCGCCGGAAGUGGGAGCCGCUCGUGGCCGACGUUGGUCCGUCGCCGUCGCCGGCGGCGAUGUCGACCGCGUGCCCUGCGCUGGCGUACGCGAACACCCUUUUCUUCAAAUCGACGUAUAACGUGCAGAUAACCGUGGACGACAACGAGCCGGAGGAGAGGCUGGUGAAUCGGUUCAGGAGGGAGGUCGCCAAGGCCGGGAUCAUCCCAGAAUGCCGGCGCAGGCGGUUCUUCGAGACCCAGCAGGAGUACAGGAAGCGGAAGACUCGAGAAGCUGCCAGACGGAAUCGCCGGAGGCGCCCACAAGCUAAAUUGGCAAAGCAGGCUAAAAAAGAGAUGCCUCAGAAGAAAAGGGCCGAUGAUGAAGAAGAUGAUAACUGGGAUCUUCCUCAAGGAGACCUUCCAUACUGACUGAUCUUUACAUGCUGAAUGUUAAGAAGAUAAUAGAUGAACAGCACAGUUCUGGUGCGAGCAGUUGUGAAGCAGACGGUACUGUUCUAGCAUUGAAUGGCUUGUAGUGCUUUGGUGAGAGAGAAAUUUCAUCACAUUAGUCAGUUCCAAAGCAAUGCAGUGAAGAGAGGUUUUUCGGUUCCAGCAAUGAGAAAAAUAAAUGUUAUACUGAGAUGGAUUACCGUGGAUGCUGAAUACUCUCCAAAGACCAUCUUUGUUUCUGACUGAGUGAAUUUCACUGAUUCUAUUUUGUUGACAAUCAUAUGCACUUGAUUGUUUUCUUCCCUUCCUCCACCGUGUAUAUUCUUUCCAGUAUGGUUUAUUCUUUUAUCAACAAAAUUCCUUUGUGUAGGAUACCUCA